AUGGCUGCAGCUGCCCGAGCAUUACGAAAAGUCGUCUUGGAAGACAGGACUCCUCCUAUACACAACCUUCCUGCCGGACACAUCUGGAAGUACAGCAAAUCGAUCGGCGGAGGCGCCCAAGGGAAAGCACAUCUCUGGGUCCACCUAGACGAAACCCAGAAGAUUGUCGACCGCAUCGUCAUCAAGAACUUUGUAGCAGAAUCAAAGUACAUCACCGAAGAUGGUCCCACAGGCCGAGUUCCAACAGAAGCCUAUAUCAGUCAAUUGCUAGUACCGGAUAACUCGAAAGAGUUUUAUACUGUACCUAUACUGGCUUGUCAGCCUAUCUCAGGCUCUACUGGGGGUUGGAGAACUUACUCUCCCUACUACAGCCUUGGCAAUUUCGAGAAUCUGGUCAACAAGCAUACAACAGACUCUCCUCUCCCAGAAGCCUUCCUCUGGUUCUUCUUUCACCGUAUGGCAAAAGCUCUUGUCGUCAUGGACGAAACAUUGCGCAAAGACGACAAAGGUCCUGUUAUCAUCCACAAUGAUAUCAAACCUGACAACAUCUUUCUGGGUAGUCCAGGCUCACUCGGUAAAGACGCCGACUUCAUCAUGUAUCCUCCAGCUUACCUUGGUGACUUUGGCCUUGCAUUCACUACUCACUUGGGCGACCAGGGAUUCGCUGAAGCAGGAGGCGCGUUUGGAUGGUGGCCGCCUGAACAUCAUACUAACGAGGAAUGGCGCGGUCGUCCGUUUUCGUCUACGAACGUAUGGCAAAUCGGGUUUCUUAUUCUCUGCGCAAUGAACGGUAUCACGGAUCCUGACCAGCCCAACGCCGAUGCAGUCCUGCGCUACGAUGCCGGCAGAUGGGAACAUCUGACAGAGGACGGAGCUUUUGCUGGCUAUAGCGAUAGUCUCCAAAGCCUAGUCCACGCUUGCUUGUGCUCCAAUCCAUCCGAUCGCAUCGACCCACAAUCUCUACUUUUCCUUGUUGAGAAUUCGAUGGCUAAGCAUAUAGACGAUAUGCAACGAUGGGGCACCAUUAGUUGGAUUGACAACAAGCACAACGAGACCUCAGGAGACGGCGGGGCCUAUCAUCCUGCUGUUGCGUCUGAUGAACAUGGGGAGGAAGGAGAAGAAGCUCAGUUCUCAGUCGAAGAUGGAGACUUCUUUCGUCCACCCAGUCACCGGAAACGCAAAUCAUCAUAUCCUGAUUCCGAUCCUGGUUCAAAGCGCUUGAAGAGAACAUCCGCCGUGUCGCGCGAGAUCCUGCAGAGACGAUACGCCUUGGUUGCAAAGCAGAUGCAGCUUGGCAAGACAAGUCAAACGCUGGAUGCACAUCCCGACGACACCAGUUUUAUCCUCGCAGACGGUUACAAGCUUAAACACUACAGAGAUGAAGAAUUUGACCCCGAGGCUUUCUUCAGCAGUCCUGAUCCUGGUCCGGUCAAGUAUAUGACAGUAGCUGAACCUCCCAUCCAAGCAGAAGAUAAUGAAGAUGAUGUAUUGCCUGGUUCGACAGCAGUUGGGGAUGGAUCUUCUUCGGGAUCUACAUUCAGAUUUACGAAGAAGGACAUCCCUUACGUCGAGCUUGAUUGA